AUGGGCUCUGCUCCGUCAACGGCAGAGAGCGGUGACACGACCAGAGCCAUCCUUGCGGAGCGAGGAUGGAAGAAGAUGAAGCGCAUCGGGCAAGGUGGUUCUGCCAAGGCCUGGCUAGUCGAAUCUGCUGGAGAGAAACAAGCAGUGUGCAAAGUCGUCGACCUUUCCAAAACAGAUGACGAUGAUGCUGGCGCAUUCAAAGAAGCAACGUUGCUAGCUUCCCUUCAUCAUCCCUACAUUGUCAGGUACCGGGACAGUUUCUGUACAGAUGGUAUUGUGUGCUUGAUCAUGGAUUUUUGUGAUGCUGGCGAGCUUGCAAAGCAGAUCCGUCGCACCCGGCGGAAACAUGAGAAGCUUCCAGAAAAACUGGUCCUUCGCUGGUUCACGCAAGCUAUGUUGGCUCUGAAGUAUGUCCAUGACAAGCACAUCGUUCACAGGGAUUUGAAGCCAGGGAAUUUGUUUCUCACUAAGCGCGGGAGCAUCCAGCUAGGGGACUUUGGCAUAGCCACCUCUUCCACAUCUGAUUCGACUAUCAAGAACGGUACUCCGUACUACAUCAGCCCGGAGGUGUGGGAAGGCGAACCCUUUACGACUUCAUCUGAUGUGUGGUCUAUGGGAUGCAUUCUCUUCGAGAUUUGCGCGUUGCAAGUCCCUUUUCCCGGAAAUAGCGCCCCAGAAAUCGCGAAGAGGAUCUGUCAGGGAUCCAUGCCCAGCUUUCCGGACUGCUACUCAGACUUUUUGCGCAAGCUCUGCCUGCAGCUGCUGGAAAGAAAUCCCGAAAAUCGGCCAUCCGCAGGGGAUGUGCUGAGACUUCCUGAAAUUUGGGCGGUCCGAGAGCAACUCCUGCAGGAGCAGGCGCUGCUGCAGGAGGAGCAGCCCGAAUGGAACCUGGAUCCUGGCUUCGGCGGACUCCAGCCACCACGUUCCGGCCGCUUUGAGGUUGGGGACCUGGUGGAGUACUAUAGUUUGACAAAUUGUCAGUGGCUUCCAGCCGCUGUGAUUUCCACUGCGGACUUGGGGGAGUUCCCAGUGCAAAUUGAUUUGAAGCCGGGUGUUUGGAUAUCUUUCGAAGAGCAAUCGUCCCGAAUGAGGCACCGAAAGGAAGACGUGUCCUUUGACGACUCCGACCCUUCGGAGCCCCAGAGCGUUUCGGACGAUGCUUCCACCGAGGCGCCGGGCAACGAGCUGGAACCAGCUGUUGCCUUGGCAACUUCCACCACUUCCACCACUGAUGAGGUGGAGUUUAUAGCUGAGCUUAAGAAACAUGAUCUUCCAGAGGGGUUGGACAUUAGAAAUAUUGGACGUUCAUGUCGCACGUCUGCCGCAUAG